ACGCAAGAUGGCGGCGCCGUGGAGGCAAGACUGACGCAAAUCUGGUAGCGACUUUCACGCCGAUGUUGACGUUAGGAGGAUACUUAAAAUUCAUGACGGCACGUUUUGUCUGAAAGCACAAAGUUUUGACAGCUUUAAAACACAGCUGGCAUAGUCAAAAGACAGUUAUAGACAUAGAAAAUGACAGCUUGCUAACUAGCAUGUCUGAAUGAUGUCCCGGUUUGCCCGCAGCAGCACAGCCGGUUUUGGGGACAUGACCUUUUGUCUGCGGGUCUGUGUUCGCCUGGCUGUGGGUGGAGGCUGCAGGGUCGUUCUCCGGAGAUGCUCCACGGUUCCGGGACAGGUUGGGUCCGGGGAAGGGUGCUCAACGGGUCUGGGACAGGCCAAAGAGGGUGCAGGGGUCAGAGUGCGUUUCGCGCCAAGCCCCACAGGGUUUUUGCACCUGGGAGGCCUGCGCACCGCUCUGUACAACUAUCUCUUUGCCAAGAAGUACGGAGGCACCUUCAUUUUACGCCUGGAGGACACGGACCAGAGCCGGCUGGUCCCAGGAGCGGCCCAGGCUAUAGAGGACAUGCUUGACUGGGCAGGGAUCCCUCCAGAUGAGAGCCCCCAGCGUGGAGGACCUGUGGGGCCGUACCUCCAGUCCCAGAGGCUGCAGUUGUACUCCUCCACGGUCCAGCGCCUGCUCCAGUCUGGGCACGCCUACCACUGCUUCUGCAGCCCCCAAAGACUGGAGCUGCUCAAGAAGGAGGCUCUGCGCAGCGGUCAGACACCCAGGUAUGAUAACCGGUGCCGGCAUCUGGAGCCCGCACAGGUGCAGCAGAGACUGGACCAGGGCCUCAGUCAUGUGGUCCGGUUCCGUCUGCAGGAGGGGGUGGAGUCUUUCCAGGACCUGGUCUUUGGAUGGACUCGUCAUGAGGUGGCACAGGUGGAAGGAGACCCUGUGAUCCUGAAGGCAGACGGCUUCCCCACGUACCACCUGGCCAACAUCGUGGACGACCACCACAUGGGAGUGAGCCACGUGCUGCGCGGCUCUGAGUGGCUCAUCUCUACGUCCAAACACCUGCUGAUGUACCGCGCCCUGGGCUGGACCCCCCCGACCUUCGGACACCUCCCACUGCUCACGAACAAGGACGGCUCCAAGCUGUCCAAGCGCCAGGGUCACAUCUUCAUCCAGAGGUUCAAAGCAGAGGGGGUCCUGCCUGAGGCCCUGCUGGACAUCACCACCAACUGUGGCUCGGGCUUCGACUCUAACCGAAUGGGCCGCAGUCUGGAGGAGCUGAUCGCAGAGUUCAACCCCACCAAGAUCACCACUCACUCUGCUCUCAUGGACCUGGACAAGCUGCCCGAGUUUAACCGGAUCCACCUGCAGCGGCACGUGGAUGACCCUCAGCUCUGUUCCUCUCUAGUGGAUCAUCUCCAGAGCCUGCUCCUGCUCCAGUACUCGGAGCUCAGCCUGGACCAGGACGUUCUGCAGCCUGAGUACAUCACACGGGUGAUGCACCACAGGAAGGGACACAUCUCAUCUGUGAAGGAGCUGCUCAGCCCACAGUACUCCUACCUGUGGAUCCGCCCGUCCUACACUCCCCAGCAGGUGGCAGCAGUCACCAGCGAGGCCCCCCACAUCGCCUCUCUAGUCAUCAGGCUGAUGGAGCAGAGCGGGGAGCUGACAGUGGAGCGCCUGAGCUCAGAGCUGAAGGCUGUGGCCAAGCAGAGCCAGCGCACCCAGUACAGAGAGGUGAUGAAGCUGCUGCGGCUGGCUCUCAGCGGCCUGCAGCAGGGCCCCAGUGUGGCGGAGAUGAUGGUGUGUUUAGGAGUGUCUGAGACAGUACAGAGGCUCCACAGACUGCUGCAGCCUGCACAUACCUGAAGGAUCCACACACGGACCAACUCCACAGACUGCACUAUGGCCCUCAUAUGGGAAUUAUUAUAUUUUAUAUUAAAAAAUAUGUUUUCAAAAUG